GCUUAUCGUGUGUCUGUGAAGACAGGAGGCUCCAUCACCAUCCCAUGUCCCUAUCAUCAGGAAUACAAAACCCAUGUGAAAUAUUGGUGUAAAGGAUAUUAUUUCGAUAGUUGCUCUCCUGUUGUACGCACUUAUCCUCCUAAGAGCACAGCUAAGGCCUCAAUCUCUGAUGACAUCAACCAGCUAACCUUCACUGUGAACAUGACUGAUCUGGGGAGAAAGUCCUCUGGAUAUUACUAUUGUACUGUGGUGAUCAAUGGCCUACCACAUAUCUGGACAAAUUGGUUCCACCUAUCUGUUACUCCAGGUAAGACCCUGCAACUCUUCCAUAUGAUUACAUUACUGGUGUUCUGGUUUCAUUUACUGGUAUCACUAUUAUUGUUCAAGUUGGCAUGAGGAAAGUUGGUAUAUGUCUACUUUCUGUUCUCUAUCCAUCAUAUCAUAAUUAUGAUAUUUGUUGUCAGUUGUUACAAAAAACCACUUGAUCACUCAGGACCUUCUUUGGUGUGUGUACCUCUGUGUUCAGGUACUCCAGAACUCUAUGUGGACCAACAGGAGGUGACUGGAGUUGAAGGAGGGAGUGUCAUUGUAAAAUGUUACUAUAGUGAAAUUGGACAUAUGAAGUGGUGCAGGAUUGGCAGGAUUAGCAGUGUCUCCUGUAUGUGGGGGAAUUCUGGGAGUAUAGAUGGAACAUCAGUGACCCUACAGCAGACCACAAGAAGAAACAACAUAACGGUGACUAUGAGUGAUCUGAAGAUGGAGAACACUGGCUGGUACAGUUGUGAAGUGGGAGACCGUAUGAUGCCUGUUCACAUCACUGUCAGACGACAAACCACCACACAAAGUACCACCACUGUGACCAGUGAGUAAAGAGCAAUCAGAUACUGUAUUAUUAAGUAUUAACCUGGUUUUAUCCAGUCUUGCUGGCUUAUCAUCUAAAUCAAAUUGGAUUUUGACCAGAUUCAAAGCUUUUGGGAAUAGUUACAGAGGUCCUACCAUUGGUUUGAACUCAACAGUGCUAAUACUAAUUGAAAAUCAACAUGUUGGGGAAAAUGAAAUAAGCUGGACAAGAAGGUCAUAGUUUAGCCACAAUGUCUUGUUACUGUUCAGUCUACCCUGUGUCUCUCUGGUACACCAGUCAUUUUACCAGGGACGCAACCUUCACUUGGGACAGGGGGGACAUGACCCCCCCACAUUCUGAAAUUGCGUGUUUCCCCCCCCCCCCCCCCCCCCCCAGUUGUAUCAUUGCACCGUUGUGCUUUAGGACCAUGCAGAUGCCUCAGAGCGGUUAUGUCUCCCCCACUUCUAAAACCAAAGUUGUACCCCUGCAUAAUACCAUUGUUGUUUUUACUUCAUGUUAACAAAUCAACAUUCUGAGCUUUUGGGAAUACUUACGGUGGUCCUACAAUUGGUUUGAACUCAACAGUGCUUAUACUAAGUGAAAAUCCACAUGUUGGGGUAAAUUAAAUAAGCUGGUUAUGUCUCCCCCACUUCUAAAACCAAAGUUGUACCCCUGCAUAAUACCAUUGUUGUUUUUACUUCAUGUUAACAAAUCAACAUUCUGAGCUUUUGGGAAUACUUACGGUGGUCCUACAAUUGGUUUGAACUCAACAGUGCUUAUACUAAGUGAAAAUCCACAUGUUGGGGUAAAUAAGCUGGACAAGAAGGUCAUAGUUUAGCCACAAUGUCUUGUUACAGUUCAGUCUACCCUGUGUCUCUCUGGUACACCAGUCAUAAUACCAUUGUUGUUUUUACCUCACAGCAACCCAAGCUCCAACCACUGAACAAUCCUCUUUCUCUCCAACUGCUGAGCCUGUUCAGACUGACAACACAGUCCAAGGACCUGAGGGGGGCAAGGAGAAGGACACCAUGAGGUAAUGAUCACUUAUUCAGCUGUAUUUCACACUUACUCUUAAAAAUGGAUGGCAAUAGAAAUAUGAAGAAACGUAAACUUUUCUGUUUUUCACACUACACAAAAAUACCCUCCUUAAAUGUUUCCACACUAAGUAUAGACCAAAAAGACACCGUUCUCAUAGAGACAUUUACCGCUUCCUCAUAUCUCUGUGGUUGUAGACGUAGCAGCAUUCUAUUCUUGGAUGGUCAAGUUUCACACAUAAAAUGUGUGAAGAGCUGAACAAAUAUUUCCAUUUAGUCAGAACAGCACAAAAAACAUAAUGCAAAAAACUAAUAAUUAUCUACUUAUCUGUGAUGUUUUAUGGACUUUAUUUUACAGUAAACAUAGUCUUUCACAAUCAGUUCCAUAGAUCUAAAAGUCCUACUGAUUCCUCUGGGCAUGUUGGUGGUGGUGAUAGCUGGUGUCCUAGUCACAUGGAAGAUGUGGAGAAAUCAUAGUAAGUAUUCAUUCUAUAAUGACUGUAAUAAAAAAGUGAUACGUUUGAUUUUGGAGAUAUUUUCAUGAGACAAUCAAUAUUUUCCUUGAAGACAACUGUAUUAGCCUAUGUUAUAACCAAUGUAUCUUGACAUAAAAGGAGGAGACUCAAAAGUAUAACUCUUCUAUGAUGAAUGUAUUCAGUAUUAUUCUAGUGUAUCUCAGAGGUCUCUAAUACUGCAUCUCUCUUUCUUUAUUCCAGAGGACAAUAAGGCCAUGGACCAGACAACAAACACCUCAUUGGUAGGCUACACUCAUGUUCCUCUCAUCUGACUCAAGGCCUUGUGGGUAAGACCCUGUCUGUGAAAAAUGCAGGACGUGGCCAUGGACAGGACAUGGACAUCAGAUGGACUUAAAUAACACAUUAGCUCUUCAGCUACAGCGUCAUGUCCAUUGUAACUGUAUAAUUUAUACAUGUUAACUCUAUAUUUACAGUCAAUUAAACAUACCCAGGACUGUAGAGACAGUGUGAUUUCAGUUUCUGGUUAAAGUACCACUCCAGCUAUUUCUGAACUAUUCCAGUUGAAAAAGGAUAUUCCAAGUAUAAAUACAGUAAAGUACAUAUACUUAAGGUAAAAAAAAUAUGACCUGAGUAAAAUAGUUUUUUUUUUUAGAUGCAAUCGCAAAAUUCAAGGGUUUGGCAACACUUCUGGGAAGAAUAGACAAGAAUAGAAAAACUACACACCCCCACACACACACACACUUCUGCCAUGUCAGAGGACACCUGGACCACCUAUUGAUAUGUGCCAUUUGUUCAGUAAAUCAGGUGAUAAAUGAUGUUGUAGGGAGGCUGCAGUGGGUCUUGAAGGUGAUUUCCUGGUCAGCUUUGCAGACACAGUAGGCCUAUGUUGCUUCUCUGUCCUGUUCCUAUUUGACCUGACUGACACUGUGCUGUUUGAGAGGAAGAAAGCUCAUAUCUUAAUGUUGUUAAAACAAAUAGAUGCCUUAUAUUGUGGAUUAUGUAAAUAUCCAAAGGUAUCUCAUACAUGUAGACUGAUGAUGAGUUUUUAUCAUCAACCCCCUUUGUGUGUUUCUACCAGCAGGACCCAUUUCCUGCCAAUGGUGAUGAUGUGACUUACAGCACUGUUGUCCCCAAGAGGAGGAACCAGCUAAAUGUACAGACCAAGGUAAGGCUGCUAUUCUGAUCACUAUGAUGUUAAUAGAUGAAAUUGUAUCUGUGUUGUUCUAUUGCCUUUAUGUACCUAUUCAUGUGUGUUUCCAAGCUGUAGCCUUCAUUCCAUCAUCACAAAUUGUUCCUCUUCACCUCUCUACCUGUUUGUGUGUCCCUCCUCUAUUCUAGGCAGAACCUGAUGAUAAUGUGGUCUACAGCUCACUAGCCCUACAGCUGGACCCAUUUCCUGCCAAUGGUGAUGAUGUGACUUACAGCACUGUUGUCCCCAAGAGGAGGAACCAGCGAAAUGUACAGACCAAGGUAAGGCUGCUAUUCCGAUCACUAUGAUGUUAAUAGAUGAAAUUGUAUCUGUGUUGUUCUAUUGGCUAUGUGGCAGACUGGUGCAUGGGGUUAUAGAUGAAGUCACAUAUCAGAAUCAGUUUUAUUGUCCUACAAGAGGAACAUCAGGAAACAAACAACAGUUAGACAUAAAUAGUCCCACCCACCUGCCCAUAGGAGGAAGAUACAUGGAUCUGUUUAGAAUUGUCAUUGUCCCUGGGAUGAAACUCCUCCUGAAGCUUGCAGUGAGACAUUUAAGUGUCCGAUAUUAAAAAGGGAACACUAUGGAGUGGGGGGUCCAAUCAGUUUAGAUGCCGUGUUGGUGAUCCUUAAUAGUUUAUUGUGGUGUGAGACUGUGAGCAGGUUGUGGUAGCAGAUACUUCAGUAGAUGAGUAGUGGUGAUGAUGCUCCGGUAGAGUAGCAGAAGGAGUUUGGGUUUGACAGACAGGUGGAUCAGACGCCUGGUAACAGACACGUUUCUGGGACUUCUUAGUUAUUUCAGUGGUGUGUUGAUCAAAGGUUAGCUUGUGGUCUAUUGUAAUUCAGAGGUAGUUGAAUGAAGGAAUCAUUUCAACGGCCUCUCUGUUGAUGAUAGAGCCGUCACAGGUGGGGGUUUUGGGAUAGUCAAUGGUUAUUUAUUUAGUUUUGGAGACGUUGCGAUCUAGGUAGUUAUUGUGGCACCAUUCAACUAAUUGGGUAACGGAUGACUGAUAUUGCUGGAAGGAUGGGGGUUCCUUCAGGAGGAACAGGAUGGCUGUGUCGUCAGAGUACUUGAAAAGGAGGGUUUUGUGGUCCGUGUUUUGGCAGUCAUUGGUGUUUAGGGUGUAGACACUGAAAAUGUGUAAAGCUGUAAACAUUUCUGAGUUUUCAUGUCUUUAUGUAUCUCAUCCCGUUUCAGCUAUUCUGCAACAAAGGUUGCAGUGAUUCCGAGCUGUAGUCUACAUUCCAUCAUCACAAAUUGUCCCUCUUCACCUCUCUACCUGUGUGUGUCCCUCCUCUCUUCUAGGCAGAAACAGAUGAUAAUGUGGUCUACAGCUCACUAGCCCUACACCACACAGGUCAGUGUUGACUUAUCUUCUCUCUCAUGUACCUACACAGAUGAUGCUAAUCUCUCAACAAAGAAACAGACAAGACCAUACAUUACUACUGUAUGUGUGCAAUACAUCACUCUUUAGCCACACAUUUCUUAUCCUUAUCAAACAGAGAAGCUGACUACAUUGUUAUCAUUAUUUCUAGAACAUGCCUGUAUUGUGCACCAAACUACUUUCUUUCCAGCAGAGGAAAGCAACACACAGUGACUGACUGAGUGAAGAUCUUGGUCCUAAAGAGCCCUUAUCCUGGAAGGACAGCCCACUCCCCUUCCGUGUCACAACAUGAGUCAUGACUAUCUAUCUGCCUCCAGUAUGCUUCUUCCCACACCUCCUAACCCACCCCUGUCUCCUUGUUGUGUCCAUAAACUACUGAAGACAGUCUGCUGUGCUUGUUUUGAUUAUCACCACAUAUCUGUUAUAUUAGUUACUGUAUGUCCCGCCCACCUGCUCCAAUGCCCUUUUCCCUUGUCACUUUUUCCCCACAUCACCAUCUUAUUGAUGUCAUGUAUCUAGUCAAAUGUAACUGAUCAUGAUCAAAUGUGUAUAAUAAAUAUACAAGCUGUGUAAAAAAGGAAAAAGUUAAUGCUGAAUGGAAAAUGGAUUGAAAUAAGUAUUAGUAUUUAAAAAGUAGGUUAAAACUAGUCCAUAGAAUGUAGUAGUUUCUAUCUGCCACUGAGGGGUCAUAUACACUGUAACAGAAGCAGGAAGACAGUUAAAGACGACUACAGCUAUUAGGAAGUGCAGUCAUUCUCUUUGGUGCCUUGGUCCUUGACACACACAUUGUGUAUUUGUACCAUAUAACAUACGGAGACAUAUACCCAGAAAUGGCUUCUCAUCUCUCCCUCUCCAUCCAUCCUCCUCCUCAUCUUCUCCAGACUCUCAGGUAAGGGUAACAUGUUUCUAUGAAGUGCUGAAGUUGAGGUCAGGGACUGGGACUGGACACAUGCUGACACUCUGAAGACAGGAGCAGUAGCUUGUCUUAUCAAUACACUUCCUGUAUUAUGUGUGUUAUAGUCCAGAUGGAAUGUCAUUUUACUGCUGUGAGAAUUUUAUUGAAUUCCAAUCUAAUGUGUUUUCUGUUGUUGUGUCUACAGGUGCUUAUCGUGUGUCUGUGAAGACAGGAGGCUCCUCCACCAUCCCAUGUCGCUAUAUUCAGGAAUACAAAACCCAUGUGAAAUACUGGUGUAAAGGAGACUCUUUUUAUAGUUGAUCCCCUGUUGUACGCUCUGACCCUCCUAAGCGCACAGAUAAGGCCUCAAUCUCUGAUGACAACAACCAGCAAAGGAUCACUGUGACCAUGCCUGAUCUGGAGCCAGAGGACUCUGUUCACAUC